GUUGGCUGCAGUGCUCGUCAAAAUCAAAGAUGGUUGAGGUUCGGGAGAGUAAACGUCAGUGCGUACUAGUUUUGCGUAGUUUGUAGUGUUGUUGGAUAACUAUAAAGAUCAUUGUCAUGAGUAGCUGAGCAGAUUGAAACUUAGCUUUACAACCGUGGUGCAACUCGGAGAUGGUCUGAGGAUGGCCCCGCACACCGGGCUGGACCCGCCCAACUACACGGCCCCGCCACUGGCCAAGUUCUUCCAUACAUUGCCUCAUCUGAAUAUCAGUUUACACCUGGUCAACUCAACAUUUGCGCCGGACAGCGAGAUUUACCUCGAGUCUCUUGGCAUUCUUGGGUCCAUCCCAGCAGCCUGGUUGAUUCUCACCCUAUUCUUGCUGCUUGUCUACCUCCUGACUCGCUGUUGUGAUAGAAAGCCUCGACCCAAACACUCUAUACAAAUACUCAAAUGGACAUUGUCGUUUUUUACGAUACUAUGCUGCGGUGCGGUCGGCGUUGGACUUUACGGCAACGACGACGUUCACAACGGAAUGCUGGAACUCCUCUCUGCGGCCCGAGCCAUCGAUGACAUCAUCGGAAAUGUCAAGAACCAGACGGGAGCAAUAGAGUCGACACUGAAGCUGAAGGUGACUCCGCUGUUGACGGAGCUGGGUGAUGUGUUUGAUGACCCAGUGGCCAACCAGACGGCGCGAGCUAUGCUGUUGGCAGCCCUGACUGCGAUGACGGGCAAUACGACGGCCGCGUUGGCCAGCCUGCAGGACAUCAUGCGGCCGCUAAGGGGCGUCUCUCUGGGGCAUGCAGUCACCACAGUGCACGUCGCUGAGGCCAUCAGGUGGCCAGUUACCAUGGCAGUUCUCAGUGUUCUGCUGGUGUUUUGUGUUGUGUUGUUGGUUGGCGUGGCGCGUCAUUCCCGCUGCGCUCUUAUCACGUUUUCUGUGUUUGGUCUGUUUGCUGUGAUCAUCUCAUGGCUGCUAGCCUCAGUGUAUCUCACAGCUUCUGUGGCGCUAGGAGAUCUCUGCGAUUCUCCGCACAUAUUCCUGGAGCACUCGUCGCCCUCCUCGCUACAGCAGGACAUCCUGGAGUACUACACGUCGUGUGAGCCUGCGCGCACCAACCCGUUCUCGGUGGUUGUGCGCAAGGGUACGUUGGCCGUUGAUGCUGUCUUCUAUAGCCUCAGCUCUGUCGCCCGUCUGGCCAAACAACUCUACAGCCCUACGCAGUUGCAUCCACAGUUGGAAGUGUUGACUACAGAGGUAAAUUUAGCUCUGAAGUUGAUCUCGGGGUUAGCAGCCCUGCUUGACUGUCGGCCAAUCCACCGGGAGUACAUGCACGCUCUGCACGCUGUCUGCGACCUCGGCCUGUUUGGUCUAACAUUCAUGCUGGCUGCUAGUGCUGGAGCUGGUUUCUUCUUCACAAUCCUCGUCUGGCUCGACUCACACACUUGGAUCUACAUUCGGAAAAAGCGGGACUAUCUGCAGGUAGACGAGCAAGACCCGUUCCUGCCGCCCACCGCGGCCUCGCAAGCCAUCGCCGCGCGGACACUCCGCAACCAAGGGUCGUUCGCUACAACAGAUGGGAGAGGUGUUGGCCUCAGCGCCACUAGCCUCGGAGCCCGGAGUUUCGGUGAUCGAGGGAGUCCAUAUGAACCUGGCCAGUACGCGACUCUGAACCGCAAGUUCCGCACGCUCGACCAUCCAUCGGUACGCCUUCAACACCAGUCGAUGGGAGGGCGGCGAGGGACUCACCUGGAGCCCGGUAAUUCCCACACGCUCGGCAACAAGAAGCUUCGGUCCGGCGACGGACGGCUGGGCGACGGUCCCGGCCAAUACUCGACAUUGAGCAAGAAAUGCAAGACGCUCGAGUCCUCGGACUUCUACUGAGUGCCGGCCUCACCUCUUCCCCCUCCACCCCUCCCCACCGUGGACUACAUGGUCACAGAGAUGUGAGGCCGGCUGCAUGACAAGCACAAUUUUAGCUGAGUAGGCUACGUUAGUUUUAUUUUAAGUGAAUAAGGCUUGACCGAGGUUCUGCUGCUAAAUGUAAUCCUAGCAUUGUCAGAACCUGCAUUAUUAGCUUUUUCUUAUGAGUUGAGUUAGCACAGUCACAGUGGUUAGGUCCAGAUCAGGGUAACUGAAAAUCCGCAUUUCUUGAGAUGAAAAGUGACUAGAAUGUACUGAACUGAUAAGUCCCCAGGUUAUCAAAUUUAGGAAAUGUUUUGUGAUGUAAACUAAUACAGUCCAACCUCAGUAUAACGAAUCUGAAGGGACCGAACUGAAUAUUCGUUAUAUCAAGGAUUUCGUUAAAACGAGGUUCGUUAUAUAGAGGUUAUGUUUGCAGGAAUUUCGUUAAGUCGAGGUUCAGAACCAGCGUCGGUCAAUAUAGGUCGGGAUUAGACAAAACACAAUUAAAGUAGCAUAGGCUACAAUACUUUACAGUACAGUGUUUACAUUGUACAGUAGAACCUAAAUCAUCCGGCAUAAAAAAGGGGAGGGAUCUUGAAUAUUGCGCAAUCAUGACAAUGGCAUUGACCUUGGUAUAGGUUAAAAACUGUAAGUUUAAAAUUACAGCUUGUUCUAACCCUCCUAAAACCUAGCCAAACACUGUAUUGCGUAGUCAUAAACCAUGU